AUGAAAUGGAUGCGAGAUUUGACUCUACCCCUCUUGUUACUUUACUGCUGUGAUCUACCCACUCCAGGCGGGCCAAGUUCAUGGAUAUCUGGAAUCCAAGCAGACGACAGCCCAAACGAAGUGACCUACAAUGUCAAGGUGGACCUGUCUGCAAGCGUUCAUGAAAUCGGAGGCAGAUUUCUCAGCAUGUCCUUUCCAGCCAAAUAUAUCCCAGUUCAGUGGUAUGUACAGUAUUGUUGGACAGAAAAGUUACAGAAUUUAGCCUCAGCGCUGUCACCUGCGGACAUCCGUGUUCUAGGAAAGUUUCAACAUUUUUGUCCGGACCAAAAUGUGGAGCCAUCAAAGAUCCAGGGACGAUCUCCUAACGCAGGUGCUCCACAAGAUCCUUGCAAAAAUAAAGAGGUUGGCUCGGAUUUUGUCCUCAGAGGUAACCAGUGGCAGAUUUUCAAUGCAAAUGUGGCUAAAGUCGGCUGGAGUCUUCUGCUGGGAUUUGAAAACACCAAACGAAAAGCGGACGGAUCCUGGGACAGCUCGCUUGCCGAGUUGCUCUUGAACUACUCGUCCAGCAAAGACAUACCUAUCGGAUACUUCCAUCUAGGAAAUGAACCCAACCUCUAUCCAGUGCAUAUUAGGCUUACAAUCACCCCCAAGACACUGGUCGAGGACUACAAGACGCUUAGACGGCUUGUGGCCAAGUACUCCCUGUAUGCAGCCAGCAAACUGUACGGGCCUGACGUCACCACCCUAGACAAACACUCCACAGCUAGAAAUUACUUAACACACUACUACUGCAAAAAUAAUGCUUCGAUGGAGGAAUUUCUGAAUCUGUCGAGUCUGGAAUCGCUAAGAAGUUCCAUCGAAAUCGGCAAGACUCUGGUGCAAGUCACUACAAAUCCUUUACCACUGAUAUUGUCAGAAACAUCAUCCUGUGCUGGCGGAGGGGCGCCGAAUCUGUCAGGUCGUUACCUAGCUGGAUUCUUAUGGUUGGAUAAACUGGGUCUGUCCGCCGUCUACGGCGUCAAACAAGUGUUCCGACAAAGCUUCUUUUCUGGAGCCGCUUACUCGCUCGUGCUGAUCAGUGACACAACACCACAACCAGAUUACUACCUAAGCGUGCUGUACAAAAGGCUUGUGGAAGGUCCCGUGUUUAGAGUAAACCUCAACCCUUCAAAUCAAAAACUUCGAGUGUAUGCUAAUUGUGCAAAACAGGGAAAAUACACCCCGGGUGACCUGGUGAUAUAUUAUCUUAACCUAGAAGAGAUCCCAGCUAUCCUGUCACUGGACCAGUUCCAAGAUGCUGACCUGGAUUUAUACAUGCUGACCCCGGGAGACUCCGAAGGCAUCAAGUCCAGAGAAGUGAAGCUGAGGGGGAACCCCCGGGUGGCAGCACAGUCUUUUUUUUUUCCCUUGUUUUUCCCGGGCUUCUUUUAA